GCAGUUACACAUUACCUUACAAUGGCGACUUCUGAAGGUUUCGGUUGUGUGUCGAAGUGUUAGAGGGGAGGCAGGCAUAAGUAGGCCCUUCCCAGGCAAGAUACAGCGACAAACGAAAGUCAGAAAGAUCGAAGAAACCAAGAAGUAAGGAACAGAUUGGAUACCAUCAAGAAUAUUUGGAAAAAAUAGCACCGAAAACUUGAGCGCAAGCGACUCUCUCAACACUAAGUACGGAAAGGUAAUUUAUCUACGUAUCAACCGGUGACUCGACUUUUGUUACCGAUUUCAUAAGGAAGGUGGUUUCGCCAUAUGCUGAAAUAAAUUUAUAUAAAUUAUUUCACAUAUAGCACUCAACGGAUUAUCGAACCUGGGAAAAGGCAGCCUGAAUUCUACGACCAAUUUUAUGUUUUAACGGACUAUGAAUUUUGAUCAAUGUUUUUAAGUUAACGGUAUUUUUUAUUUUUGAUAAGAACUUCAUCACGAGCGCUUCAUAGCAUGACGCAGUGACUCAACUAGAACUUUCUACUUUUAUUUUCAACUGUGAUUCAUUUGACAUUGUUAAUAUUUUUUCAUAUCAUCAGACUUUAAUUCAAUAAGUGCUAAUUGUUUACGGACUAAUAAUAUUACGCCAUUCUGUGAAACUGUGGAAUUGUUGCUAAAUAGUAAAAACUUUGUUUACAAGAACAUUUGGAUCAGAUCUUGUCCAAUAAACCACUUUAACCAGGUGGAUGAACAUUUGUUUGACCUAACAACUGAACAAACGGGAAAAUUUCCUCUCGUACGAAGACAAAACAUUCCAGUUUCCGGAAAGUUACUUUGUUUGUAUUUUACCGCUCACGUGGAGGACCAAAGAAGCAACACAAAGGCAGUCGGCGCGAGGCAUUUCCUUGGUCGUGCCAAGUUUUUGGAAGUUGUCAGCUACUUUGCAAAGUGUAGUCUUCUACUAAAGAAGGAUAUAUCCUAGAAAAUUCAUAUGAGUUUGACACGUCAAAGGCCUUCAAGGCAAUUAAUUGUGAACAACCCAGCUAUUAAUAAUGGGCCACGUAAAAAGAACUUGGAAACAGAACCUCUGGCUCCAUUCAAGGGAUCAAACCCAGGAAAUCUUAGUCCGGAUUUACAACCAAACACGCCACCAGUUUUCCCAAAGAACUGUUCCCAGGAUCAAGAUGUGUUGAAAAUUGGAAAAUAUCUAUUAUAUAACCAAACAACAGACAGUAGUGAAGUGUACAACGCAGUUAAUAGUCAAACCCACGAAGAAUUCGUCUGCAAGGUUUUACCCAUAAAUACAUACCGUCAAGAACUCUCUCCGUAUUGGCAAGUGGAUUGUCAUGAAAAUAUUACAAAUGUGUCGGAAAUUAUUUUAGGAGAAGCAAAAGCCUACGUCUUCUUCGAGAAGCAUUUUACGGAUCUUCAUUCCUACGUGAGACAGAAGAAACGGCUGCGUGAGGAAGAGGCUGCUCAACUUUUUAAGCAAAUCAUAUCGGCUGUGCAACAUUGUCACGAUAAUGGACUAAUUCUUAGAGAUUUAAAAUUAAGGAAAUUUGUCUUCAAAGAUUCUGAUAGAAAAACUUUACGAUUGGAUGGUUUAGAGGAUGCUACUAUAUUGGAAGAUGAAGAGAAUGACCUGAUGUCCGAUAAACAUGGGUGUCCCGCUUACGUCAGUCCAGAAAUAUUAAACGCCACAGGAACCUAUUCCGGCAAGGCAGCAGACAUGUGGAGCCUAGGCGUCAUGCUUUAUACGAUACUUAUUGGACGGUACCCUUUCCACGAUACGCAGCCGGCAGCGUUAUUUGGUAAAAUUCGCCGAGGACAAUUCAAUAUUCCAAACAUGUUAUCAUCGAGGGCAAAGUGUCUCAUUAAAACGUUAUUACGACGAGAUCCAAGUGAAAGACUUACGGCUGAACAAGUGCUAGAACAUCCGUGGUUCAAGGGGUCAAAUAGCGGAUAUUUUUCCCAUCGCACAGAUCGGACCAGUUCGGACCAACUUGUACCAGAAUACAUCGAAACAUGUGAAGACUUCUUUGUGUGAAAAAUGUAUGAAUGGAGAAAUCAAAAAUAAACUUUAGGAAUUUAAUUAAUUGACUUAUUUUUCGUCCUUGAUCGUUAUGUUUUUACGAAAAAACACCAGUAUUCGAACAUUCGUGGGUGGAUCGUUAUCCAGGAACACUUUAUAUAUGGAGAAGAACGGGUUUUCUUGCUAAUAAAUAUCGGAAAUUGUUUUGUUAUGGAAAACUCCUACGGAACUACUUUUUAUCAUCAAAUGCAGAAUUGUGAUAGAACUGUUUUGUGUGUGAAGUGAAAACGAACUAUGAUACCUGUACGUCUUUAAUUGCCAUGGUAACUAAUUUACAAAUACUGUGGUACUCAAAGAAACUAUCAAAUUUAUAGAAUUUUCUCGAAUUUGAAACUUCGAAAUUUAUACGAUUAAAAAAUUUCAAAAGAACAUUAUAUAAGAGUUGAUCUCGCAGUUAAUAUUUUAGACUCGCACAAAAAAAUUUUAGAACUCUUUGGUUACAUUUUUUGUUUGAUUCAUUAAUAUUUAAAUUAAUUUUUUUAAUAUUGAGUAAGUUAAUAACUUAAUUAAUUUUGUUAAAAGUAAAUGAAAAAAUUUCAAGUUUAAAUGUGUGUUGAAAUUUUGUUAUAAAACUUGUGGGUGUGUUUGAUUCUGUAAGUGUUUUGUGUAAAUGUUCGAUAUGAAGAUUUGGUAUUGUGUGUGGUGGCAUUUAAAAAUGCAUGUAAUUGGUUUUAAAAUUAAAUGAUGUUUGGAUGUAUCGUUUGUCGAUUGCCAUGGUUACGACUUGGAAAAUACUUAGGAUGAAACGGCUAUUUAUUAAAUUAGUUUAAAUUGGCUUAAAUGUUAUCUGAGUUUAAACAUUUGGAAAUUCAGAGUAAACUUAUAUGUAUGGUAACCAUUUUGUAAUAGGUUGCUAAGCAACAAAUUGGAAUCAUGUGCUAAGCAACUGUUUUCAUUGCUAAACCACAAUUUUAAAUGCAAAAAUUUGAAAUGCAUUUCCAUGCAAAAAUUUCAAGUGAGUUGCUAAGCAACAAUUUGAAAUGAGUUGCCAGGCAACAAUAUGAAUUGAGUUGCCAGACAACAAUAUGAAAUGAUUUGCCAGGCAACAAUUUCAUAUGCAGUAAACCAUCCCUGAAAUAAUAAGUUUGCUCUGAAUUGAAACAAAUUUCAUCAAAUUCAGGCUUAAGACUCGAGACAAAAUCUCGAUAUGUUAAUUUUUUUUGCUGGGAGUAGAGAUGUUGAUUGGUUCGUUUGUAUUUACACGUCGAAGAUGUACCACUCAGUUUGUUUGUUGUUAUAUGUUAUUUAUAUAUAGGUUGUUCAUAUUCAAAUUAUAAUUAUAUCUAUGUAAAUAAAGAAACAAAAUAAAAUACAACAAAAUGACUGAAAAUGGCUUCAAGUUGCAUUUAUAAUGUACUAAGAUAUCCUUAAUUUAAAAACAUUUAGAUUUGUGGCUAGUGAUAUUUGCCCUGACACAAUAAAAUUUUGGAACCUAAAAUGUCCAUAUUGUGAUAUUUACACUGACCAGUCAAAUAAAAUUUUGAUACAUUUGGCUUUCCAGUGCCAAAUUAAAGAUACAUUUAUGACGCCUUUUAAAUCAAUUGACAAUUUGCAACAAGUCAAUUUAAUUUAUCCAAAGUUAUUGACAAGGAUUCCGGAAAACAAUGGUUGUGAAAACUUGACCUAAAUUCCAUUCUUUCCAACUAUUCAAGAUAAAAAACUUCUUUAAGAAUCACAUGUAGUCUUCUGCUGUUAUUUUCCCCUUCAGUUGACCGAUACAUCAACAUGUAAGAAAGAAAAGGGCGUUUAAGAUAUUUCUAGGAGGCAAUCUUAUCAUUCAUUUAGCAAUUUUAGCCUUUUUACACAAUAGUUAUAUAAAUUAGGAAAGUUUUCUAAUCACAAAUUUAGUUUCUAAAUUUUUUUAAAAAUUGAAAAUCAUUCAUAGCCAAGCCUGGACAGAAGGCACCAGUCACAGAUUUUGUCAGGCACGGAUUACUAUACAAGGCAUUUAUAUUAUUACAUGUAUAAUAUAUAAACUGCUAUACAUUGUAUUGACCAAGUCCUGACAGGUGCCCUGUGUCCUGGUCAUUUCAUUGUCUAGACAUUCAUAUUAUUAAUCAUUCAUAUGAAUCACAGUUGAACAGUUUUCACAUGCCCUUUAAAAAAAAAAUGAAGCAUCGCAGAUGGUGUUGAUGUUUAUUAUUACAUGUAUUGUAAUUCAUGUUAAUUUAUUCAAAACAUUUUUUUGUUCAAGAGCUAUUCAUGUUUGACUUUUAUUUUCAAAACAAAUGAGAUGAUUAAAUAAAAAUACGGAUAGCUGUUAUAUUAUUCCUACUGUCAGUCACAUGCAUGUAGGAUUUAAUAAAAUAAAUAAAUAAAUAAUAA